CGACUUGUUGGAGCAAGUCAAGGAAAAGCCUAGGUACCUACAAGAGGCACAAACCUCGAGGGUCUUUUCCAAGGGAACCUAUUCAAAGGGCUGAUGUACUAAACGUCCAAGCUUUUCGUUUCCAUCAUCAUCGCCAGAAUGGUAUCAGCAAACCUUAGUGAGAUCGACGCCCACGAGCAACCGUCUGAUGAGAUGCGCGCUGAGUGGAAGAGCUACAUGCGUCAAGAUCACAAAAGUCUGCUCAACGACCCUCGAAUCGAUGAUCCUCGCGCUCCCUUAGAAGAGUCUGGUUUCCGUCAAGUCUCGAGUCUUUUGAAAGAGCAGGUUGCAAAAAGUUUCGCUCACCUCAACCCUGACUUUGCCUUACAGGUCGAGAAGGAUGUUCCAGUUAUACACCACCCAUUGAUACCAGGCCUAUUGAUUCUUCCUUCACUUGUGCCCGAAAAUGUGCAACAGGAUUUACUGGAUCGCCUGAUCCAUCGUGAUCUCAGUGUCCAGAACCACCAGACCAAUCUACAUCUACACUACAACCUUCCAUACCCAGAAGGGAAGGACGACGAUGAACGGUCAUUCUUCUCUAUCAGUCCAGAAUCACCGGCAUCAUUUCUCCCGAAGGACCCCAGCGUUCAUAAGCCACUGUCAAUCAAGCAGGUGAUGCAGCGAAAACUGCACUGGGUGACGCUUGGGGGCCAGUACGACUGGACCAAUCGUGUUUACCCCGAGGAAUUGCCCCCUCAGUUUCCAGAUGAUAUCUCACACUUACUUGAGGACCUGUUCCCCGAAACUGUUGCCCAAGCAGCCAUCCUCAACUUCUACACGCCAGGCGAUACUAUGAUGAUGCACCGAGAUGUCAGCGAGGAGACAGACAAGGGACUUAUCAGUUUGAGUUUUGGCUGUGAUGGACUCUUUAUGAUUGCACCGAAUGACCUUGAAAAAGGGCCUCAGAAUGAAACACCAGGCGAGAAACAGUAUCUACUGUUGAGGCUCAGAUCUGGUGAUGCCAUCUAUAUGACACAGGAGUCGAGAUAUGCCUGGCAUGGAGUGCCUAAAGUGCUGAAGGAUACAUGCCCAAGGUAUCUUGAAGAUUGGCCAGCCCGUGACGAUGAGAAGUUUGCGGACUGGCGAGGAUGGAUGAAAAACAAGAGGAUCAACCUAAAUGUUAGGCAAAUGCGAGAUUAGCAGACGAAUACCUAUUUGAUGAUCUUGUUUAAAGCAUACUGCUUAUCCUGGCAAGUUCUAGCACAUUGCUUGAAACUGAGCAUUAUCAUUAGACGCUUUCAUAUGCUAUUUUGCAAGUCACUCGCGCUUUCUCUCCAGUUGCCUACUAAGCGUACAGAAUCUGGUCGCUACCCAUGCAAAGUUUAAUACAACUGAUUCCAUACCUUAUCCCAUGAAAAACGCCUCAUUAAGCAAAGCCAAAUCCUUGAGCAUUCUCAAGUGCCAUCCCAAGCCGCUCUCUUAACACCUCUUUAUCUCUAUACUCUGGUAGAAGAAGUGUGCCAUAACAGGUAUAUGCUGUCGGUAAAUGCCCACCCGUGCCGUCUUCUUCACCAUUCUUUUGUAUCACAAAUUGGAGGUUCUUCAUGCCGCCGACAGGAACGCGGUCGGACGAUGUCACAAAUUCCAGAAGGCGUUGUUUCAUUCUCUCGUCGUACCUCUUGACGAUGGACCAGAAGUCUUUAAUGGUACGAUGCGAAGCAUCCCAGCCCACGUAGCGCGCGUACCGCUUCAAUUCGAUGAUGUCGAUUUCUUGAACACCCUCAACGAGUGACUGCAAGGUAGAUGGACUCAGGAGUGAAAGUGACUUCUUAUCGAGGCAAGAGUUGAACCCUUGCUCGAAAGCAAGAUACUGCCGCCGAAUGGAAACAUCCGUGAGGUGACGGAUGUAAUCGAUGAUAUAGUCGUCCCGAUUUUCGUUGGUAACAAGGGGAGCGUCGUCUGGGUUAUCCAUGUGUGGUGGUGCAAUAUCACACGAGCUUGAGGCCGCCUUGGGCCAACUCGCUUGUUCGCCCAUCCUCAUAUCUCGUGUCACAACGGUACCGAGCGAUUCAACUGAAAAUUCGUACGUGCGGGCAAAAAUGUCCUCAACGAGGCCAUCUUUUUCGUCCCACUCCAGUAAUGUUGUCAGCCCGCUUGCCAAAUCUGGCCAGCCAUCGGCGAUGUGAUGAAGCUCUUCAACCGGUUUGCCCAGUAGUUUCCGGUAAAGAGCCUUCGGAAAAGUGAUUGGCAGCGUUAGGCCAUUGUACAAGGCGAGCGACAUCAGAAGCCCCACAAGUUCGUACUUCCAAUCUUCGGUCAAUGACCCAGGGGUGAACCAGGCCAUGCGUGUCCGUUCGUCAACAGUGAAAGCACCAUAUUGGGGAUCGAGGCACUCAGCAAUUGCCAAUCGGAAAAACUCUUGUUGAACACCUCCAGAAUCAAAACCCUCUUCGCCACUAUUCUCACCCAAGUGCACCUUCAGCGGGCGAAGAAGCUCUCGUUUCUCUCGUCUCCAAAGCUGGUCGAAAGCAUCUCGGGCGACGUUACUCCUGCCGAUUUCAAGAACUAGGUAUUUGGAUGAAGCUGUUCUCAAAAGAUCUUGUAAAACCAUCUUGUGGUGGGGGUUAGUAAUGAGACUACCGGGAUCGACAAUAGCACUCAUGCGAGUUUUUAAUGAACUCGACUCUUCGAACAUACGACUCAUCCGGGCAAAAUUGAUGGAACGAAAGAAAGAAACAAGCGUGUCGGGACUGAAGAUGUAAGGGUAGUCUAGGAUAUGUCGUCGCCAGCGUGUCGAACUGAACGUUAACCAGUCCACAGGCAUCUCGAUCGAAUCCAAGCGCUCUGAAAGAUAAUCGACCCGAAAUUGGAUAUCCCCUAGAAGGAGAAGAUUUCGGUUGGCAUCUUGGAGAAGUUAGUGAGAUCAAAUUCUGUUGAUUGGCUAA